GUCCCGGAUGUUGCUCGCACCGGAAGAGAAGGGGCCGCGCUCCCCGCCAUCUUGUGGCAGCAUCCAGCGAAUAGUUCGCGUCGUGCCCCGUCCAAUCGGAGGUGAAUCCAGCUGAAGGGGCGCCAUCAUGCCCGGCCACCUGCAAGAAGGCUUCGGCUGUGUCGUAACCAACCGGUUCGACCAGUUACCGGACGACGAGUCCGACCCGUCCGAGAUCCUGAAAGCUGCCGAAAACAAGAAGAAGGAGGGGGCCGCCGCCGCCGCCGCGUCCGCCAGGAGCGCCGCUCAUGCCGCUAAGCAGCCCAAGAAGGAGUCGCAGAAGGACAGGAAGAACCCGCUCGUGGAUAAGAAGGAGGAGUCCCAGCCUGCGGUGCCCCUCAAAAAAGAAGGAAUCCGGCGAGUGGGUCGAAGGGCAGAGCAUCAGCAAGGUCACCAAGGCUCCCAACAUCAGGGGAGCCAAGCCGAGGGGAGACCCGGAGACAAGAGGCCGGACCGCAGACCUCCUCGUGAGCGACGCUUUGAGAAACCCACCGAGGACAAGCCUGAGGGAGGCGGCGGCGGUGGCGGCGACUUCUCCGCAGACAAGCCUUCCAGAGAACGGCCUUCCGGAGAACGGCCUUCCGGAGAACGGCCUUCCGGAGACCGGCCCCCGAGAGGGCGCGGCGGCGGCGGCCGAGGUGGCCGUGGCGGGCGAGGGCGGGGCACGGGCAGAGGAGACGGCUUCGACUCCCGUGGCAAACGAGACUUUGACAGACACAGCGGCACUGACAAAUCGAAUCAGAAAAGCGAGGAGAAGCGUAGUGGCAGUGGCUCACACAACUGGGGAAAUGUGAAGGAGGAAGCCAGUGAGGCUGAACCACUACCUGCUGCUGAGCCGACCCCGGAGGGAGACGAACCGGCACCUGCGGGCUCUGAGAACAAGGAGAACGAGGUGGAAGAAGUGAAACCCGAAGGCCCCCGAGAGAUGACGCUGGACGAGUGGAAGGCCAUGCAGGACAAGGAGCGCACCAAGGUGGAGUUCAACAUCCGCAAGCCCAACGAGGGCGCGGACAGCCAGUGGAAGAAAGGAUACGUGCUGCACAAGUCCAAGAGUGAAGAUAGGCCUGUCGGAGCUUUGAUUGAUGCCACAGAAACAGAAGUAGACGCACAACCUCUGUACCAAAAGGGCACUGCUGACGAAUCUGCCGAGCACCACUUUCGCAAGCCGGCCAACGACAUCACAUCCCAGCUGGAGAUCAACUUUGGAGACCUGGGCCGCCCCGGUCGAGGGCGCGGGGGCCCUCGCGGGGGCAGGGGAGGCCGCGGCGGGGGAGGCAGCAGGCCGGCGCGUGGCGGGGGCCGCUCUGAAAAGCAGGCAAGUGGCGUGUUGGUCCCCAACGUGGAUGACCCCGAGGCCUUCCCCGCGCUAGCCUGAAGGCUCCUCCUCCGGCCAUUCCCUCAGCCCUUCGGCCCCCCGCCCCCUUCUGCGAGGUUUGCAUGCUUACCACAUUCUCAAAUAUAUAAGAAAUCCAACAGCAGCAAAAAUUCACGACAAAAAAAGAGUCUUCCCCCACUCGCCCCACCAGAGGACUUUUAAAGCAGAACAAGACAACAAAAAAGUGGGAAAGGACCUCGUUACACUGACGUUUUGUAUUUUAAACCUGAAAGCAGGGAUGUUUUCAUUCCUCCCUCCCCCGAGAUAAGGCAUACUUCAUUUUUUGUUUGUGCUGCGUUUUCUGCCAUUUGUAGGUUUCACAUCUCCGUGGAGCUUUCAGCCCAGUAUUAUGGGGUCCUAGAAGACUUUGGACUGGAGUGCUUUUCUUCCCUCCCUGUGUAACAAUACACACUGAUGUGGUAGCACUGCACUACAUAUGAAACGUGUAUUAGAUAUCUGAAGUAUGACUUUACAUGCGUUUUAAUUAAAAGUGUAAUUAUCCUGACCGGCCAUCUCAUUUUGAGAGGCACGAAAUGCAGAUGAGUAACCAGGCAACAGUGACAUCCUACUUAAAAAAAAAAAAAAAAAAAAAGCAUCAUAAUAAUAAGCUGGGUAUUUUUUCUGCUUGUUGUGCAGUGAAAGUAAAUGGCUCUUUUCCUUUUUUGGAUAGUUUGCCUUUUUUGGUGGACCAGUGGUUCGUAAUGCUUGGUAUCCCCCGAUCCAGAUGUGCCGCCUGUUUGCAGGGUGUGUAUCUUUAGGCUGGUCCUCUUAGCUCAUACGGACUGUACUACUUGGAAAUUCAGGACCACGAAGCAAACGCUUUCAUUUGGAUUUCUUCUGUUGAGCGUGCGUGGGUGCGACUGAAUGUGCAACUGUGCCCCCCCCCCCCCGGUUACUUAGAAAGUAUUUCUCCGCUUCAAGUGGUCAGAACAGUCAGCGGGUUUUUUUUGCCCCAAGUCGUUAUCGAGACGGGCAAGCUGACGGUCAGAAUCUUGGGAACGUGUAACGUCCACCGCAUCUCAAAAAGCACUUGGGUCUUUAGACGCGACUCCCGCCCCUUUCUGUAGACCAUGUUUUGCUGUGUUUAUUAUUAUUAUUAUUAUUAUUAUUAUUAUGCAUGAGUGCAGCAGCGCUCGUGCAUAAUGUCUGCUGUCAUUAUGGAACAAUCGUGAUCUACAGAAUGUAACGUAAACUAUUGUCGCGUGGAGACACCUGUGUCAGCAUCGCCGGCGAGCGUCUUUUUAGAAUGAAGCGGGUCGCCGGGAGGGCCUGAAGUGUAGCAAAGUUGGGAGCGCAGCGCUGUACUUUUGAAUACGGUGCUCUGCGACGCCUUGCUGCUGGUGCGCUGCCACAGGUGGCUCAACACUUUGGGUUCGGUUUUGUAUGUUUUUCCUCGUAUGACUGUUUGAGCCACAUGACAGUCCAACGUGCAAACAUCCCUGUUCUAAGCAAUUUCUGGAGAGGUGUAAAAUAUACUCUCCAAAUGGAAAGUGGACUCUUCAUUAACAACAACAACACACAUAUAAUAAUGUAUUAAAUUUGAGGGCAAUACUGUUGCUAUUUGAAUGGAAUACAACACGGUAAUUACGGCUUAAAUGUUACACUGCUUUUACAUUUUGUAACUUAACUCCUUUAUUAUAAACUGAAGUAGAAGACCACAGAACAUGGUUAAAUGUGGUCAUGAAAAUGACAAAUGCAGGUUUUUAUAGCUUGCGGUGAAUUACUGUAGCUUUAGUUUUUGGAGCUGCUGUAUAUUUGUUGAUGCAAUUUAAUGUAUUCAUUCAAGUCCUGGCUACCGUUUCUGAAUUCUGUACCUGGCUCGUAAGCGUCAAUCUGUUUGAAAAAAAGGCGUACACUAUAGAAUUGGCUAUUAUUGUAAAAGCUGAAGAUGUAUUUGAAAAUAAAGGGUGAUGCCAAACCUCCAAAAGA